AUGCCUUCAACUACACCCGCAGACAAUAGUUUCGUCACUCCUAGCAAGACUGUUGAUUUUUCUGGUGAAAAUCCUGAGGAAACUGACAAUACAGUUGAUGAAAAUGUUGCCGCGGCACUUCCUCCUGUGGUGCAUGACAAAUUCACCAAACCGGAGGCGUUGCUCAUCACAAAGAUUGUCUUUAACAAGGAGAAUCCGACCAAACCGAUGUUUGACGCGCUUCAGACUUUCUUUGACCACAUUGGUGUUGAGAAACCGUCUGAUCUUGAAGGACAGGAUGUAGAUGACUUACUCAGUCAUGGAGAGGAUGCCCUCCCAGAUGGCGGCCUAAUUCGCGGUGUCAUCACUGGGCGCCUCAAGAAGUUUCUCCUCUACGCAUCUGCCCCUUCUGUGGUCAUCGAUCCCAGUCUUACCUACCAAAAGAUUGUGCAAUUUUCGAUUGACCAAGCAAAACAAAAUAUUCCUACUACUCCUAUUGAUUUGACAAAAGCAAUUGGCGAACGUCAAGGCAUGAAGUUUCGCUGUCCAGAGGUCGAACCAUUCAGUGGCGAAUCUACUGUAUAUUGGCCUUGGACAUCUAAGGUUGCUUUGGAAUUUGGACAAUCCGGUAUAGAACUUGCUCUAACGGAUGCAAAGUUCCAUGAACAAUCUACUUGGCACAAGGAUGCAUCAAGUCAGGGUUUCUACGCAAUUGCAAAAGCUCUGAAUGAUGGUACCGCUAGCCACAUUGCCGAUGAGGUGAAAGAAAAGAGGGGACAAACUGUGGCCUACGAUCUAUACCAACGAUUACUAGAGACCUACAACUCUCCGGAGGAUCAGGCCCAUUUUGUAAUGUAUGCAAUUGACGAGUUGACUUCCAUCAAGUUGACUCACGAAGUUACAGUUCCUGAUUUUAUUUCCAAUUGGAAGUCCAUUACUACACGAUUGCGGAAAAGUAAUCAAUCACUGGCCACAAGCCGUGAGCUUCUCCGUGUUUUCCUCCUCAAGGCAAUUGUCUCUGACACCUACAGUGACAUGAGACGUUACAUUGUGAAGUACCCGUUAGCUUCCAUUGACGAGUAUCUUGAACAAUUACGCUCCCACAGUAAAACACAAGCUCUCAUUGACGAGGACUCCCCUGUACGUGCCUGUAUUCUUUAG